AUGGCCAACCGAAGAGGGGAGUGCAAGGCCAUCACACUUAGAAGUGAAAAAGUGGUAGAAGAAGCCACCCUAAACCAGGAGAACCAUGAAGAAGAAGCUGCAGAAAAGCCUAAAAAUAGGAAGAAAGAAGAGGUCUCCAGCCCAUCUUCACCAAAGCCAAUCUUGAAGCAUUAUGUGCCAAAGGCACCAUACCCACAAAGGCUAAGGAAGGAUGGGAAGGACAGCCAGUUUUCCAGAUUUUUGGAAAUCUUCAAAAAGCUCCAAAUCAACAUACCAUUUGCUGAACCACUAGAGCAAAUACCCUUCUACGCAAAGUUCCUGAAGGAGCUCAUGACAAGAAAAAGAAACUGGGGAGAAAAGGAGACUGUAGUCCUAACUGAGGAGUGUAGUGCCAUCAUACAAAAGAAACUCCCCCAGAAAAUAAAGGACCCAGGGAGUUUCCAAAUCCCCUACAUCAUAGGUGAUAUCACUAUUGAAAAGGCUUUAUGUGACUUGGGAGCUAGCAUCAAUCUCAUGUCCUUGAACAUGAUGAGAAGGAUGAGAAUUGAGGAAGCCAAACCAACAAGAAUGGCACUCCAACUAGCUGAUAGGACAUUCAAGUUUCAACAUGGAGUGGUGGAAGAUUUAUUGGUGAAGGUGAGAGAAUUCAUCUUCCCAGCUGACUUUGUUGUGCUGGAUAUGGAAGAAGAGGCAAACACUUCAAUUAUCCUAGGAAGACCAUUCCUAGCUACUGCUGGAGCCAUCAUUGAUGUGCAAAAAGGAGAACUAGUCUUGAGAUUACAUGAGGAAAAGAUGGUCUUGAAUGUAUUCAAGAUCCUACUUGAGAAGGAUGCUAAGCCAUCAAGGCAACAACAAAGAAGGUUGAAUCCAACCAUGAAUGAGGUAGUCCAGAAGGAAGUGUUGAAGUUGUGGCAAGUAGGGAUGAUCUAUCCCAUCUCAGACAGCCCUUGGGUAAGCUCGGUACAAGUAGUUCCAAAGAAAGGAGGAGUCACUGUUGUAACAAAUGAGAAGAAUGAGCUGAUACUAACAAGAAUAGUGACUGGUUGGCGCAUGUGCAUCGACUACAGGAAGCUCAAUGAAGCCACCAGGAAGGACCACUUCCCCCUACCAUUCAUGGACCAAAUGCUUGAGAGACUGGCUGGACAUGAAUACUACUGCUUCCUUGACAGUUAUUCGGGUUACAACCAAAUAGUUGUGGACCCAAAGGACCAGGAGAAAACUUCAUUUACUUGUCCAUAUGGCGUUUUUGCUUACAGGAGGAUGCCCUUUGGACUGUGCAAUGCACCUGCAACAUUCCAAAGGUGCAUGCUCUCCAUAUUUUCAGACAUGAUUGAGUGGUUUAUUGAGGUGUUUAUGGAUGACUUCUCUGUAUUUGGUAACACAUAUUCUGAUUGA